GCAGUAAAACAUGAACAGAAGAGUGGAUUAUUUGGUCACUGAGGAAGAGAUUACUCUUACCAGAGGACUCUCAGGACUGGGCUUCAACAUCAUCGGUGGGACAGACCAGCAGGAUGUCUCCAAUGACAGUAGCAUCUACGUCAGUCGCAUCAAAGAGAACGGGGCUGUGGACCUGGAUGGGCGGCUCCAGAAGGAUGAUAAGAUCCUCUCGGCGAAUGGUCAAGACCUAAAGAACCUGCUACACCAGGGUGCUGCAGACCUCUUUCGUAACGCAGGCUACGCCGUGUCCCUGAGAGUGCAGCACAGGCUACAGGUGCAGAAUGGGCCUAUAGCACCUCGAGGUGAAGGGGAACUGAGAGGUGGUCCCAGAGCCAUGGUGCUGGUGCCAGUGUUUUCCCUCACCAUGGUAGUGGCCUGGGCCUUCAUGAGAUACCGGCAACAACUUUGA